CUCAAUGGUCCGAGCGCAGUGGUUAAAAGCGGGAGCAAACACGCGUUGAAUCAGAGUCCGAGCUCUCAGACAGUAAAGGAAUGAAAUUAUGUUUGAGAGCGACUAUCAGGCAGGACAAACAGAGACGCGCGUCCUGAACCCAAUUCCAGAGGAGGCUGUUUCGCGCGGAGCUGUCCAAGGUGGGGUAGGAUGAUGAUGGGAUGAAGCACCUGUUGCCAUCCCAGUAUCUACAAACGAGGAGGCCAUCAAUCCAUCCUUGCUUGGAAUACUGAAAUAUGACUAUAUGAAUGGAUUGACGUAGAUAUUUCAUGGUAGUUAUGAUAUGGACUGAUUUUCACUCACCACACCUGCCUGGAUGCUUUGCUAAAUAAUCAGGGAACCAGCACACUUUGGUCAAUGAUUCACGAAAUCAUUCCCCACUUUAAUUCAACACCGUGAUUUGGACAUGGAAAAAGUCAGUUGUGUCAGAGAGAUGUCACGGGGUGUUUGGAGAGACGCUCGCGCUGCAGGACUCGCGGCUCGCUGAUCUCCUGGCAAACUCCACGCGCGUCAAUGACGUUGGCUCCUUGGUUAAGGCUGGCACGGCUUGGCCUGCUGACUGCAUGUCUUUAUUCAUGGCUGGCGGUUGACGGAUGCGGCCCGGGUCCCGGUUACGGCGGUCGCCACAGGCAGCGCAAGUUGACUCCGAUGUCCUAUAAGCAGUACGUGCCCGGUGUCUCCGAGAACAACCUGGGCGCGAGCGGAAGAGCAGAGGGCAGGAUCACGCGCAGCUCGGAGCGCUUCAAUGAGCUCGUGUGCAACUACAACACUGACAUUGACUUCAAAGACGAGGAACGCUCCAAUGCUGACCGCUUCAUGACCAAGCGCUGCAAGGACUGUCUUAAUAAACUGGCAAUAGCAGUAAUGAACCAGUGGCCGGGAGUUCGACUGCGGGUGACAGAGGCCUGGGAUGAGGAUGGCCAUCAUCCUCCUGGCUCUUUACAUUAUGAGGGCCGUGCAGUCGACAUCACCACCUCAGAUCGGGACACAAAAAAAUACGGCCUACUUGCACAGCUGGCAGUAGAGGCUGGAUUUGACUGGGUGCACUAUGAAUCCAAGUAUCACGUGCACUGCUCUGUCAAAGCAGACCACUCUGUAGCCGUGGAGAAAGGUGGCUGCUUUUCGGCAUCUGGACUUGUGACAAUGGCUGAUGGUCUACAAAAACCCAUGUCCUGUUUGCGGCCUGGAGAGAAGGUGCUUUCUGUGUCUGGAUCAGGUGAAGUUGUUUUUAGUUGGGUACUUCUCUUUCUUCAUCUGGACAGAGAGAGCAGAACCAGUUUUUUUAUUAUUACUACUGAAAAUGGGAAACAAAUAGCACUUACUCCCAAUCACCUCAUCUUUGCGACUCACAAUCUCAAACUGCACCAUCAUGACUACGAAACUAUAUUUGCCAGAAGCGUUAGGAUUGGGGACUUUAUACUUACCACUGGUGCCGCUAGUGGAAUCCACCCAUCUAAAGUGGUUUCAGUUUCUCUGGAGGAGAGGAUGGGGGUUUAUGCUCCCUUGACAGAACAUGGGAACUUAUUUGUGGAUGGUGUGCUGGUGUCCAACUACGCUACUUUUGAGGAUCACAGACUCGCACACUCUGCGUUUUGGCCUUUUCGUGUCCUGUUUGUCCUUUUCCACAAAGAAAUGGAAGAGGACUUGCAAAGAAUGGAAGUCCCUUAUAUCUGUUCCACAAAUCAGACCAUUCUCACAAGUGUGAUACACAAUAGUUUAUCUAGGGUGUUCAAAUGGCAAGAUGCCACAGUGGCUGAAAUGGAAAAGGAGGUUUACUGGUAUGCGAGGCUUUUGCACACAUUAGGACGUAUAUUUCUUGACCCACAGAGAUUUUAUUGAUGGUCAAGACAUUAAAUAUGUGCAGGGAUGGGCAAAAUACAUUGAGAUGUAUUUUAAAAUAAAAUACCAAAUACCUCAAUUUUACAUGUAUCAAAAUAAACUAGAAAAUACAGCAGCCACAGCACUUAUCAAUAUAAAAUACUAUAUUUUGUAUUUUGAAAAUAGUACAAAAUAAUUCUAAAAGGAAGCAUGACUUUUCUUCACAAACCUUCCAUCAAUUGGCAUAUUUAAUCAAUUACUUCACCAUUAAACUGACUUCAUGAACACUGACACGAUGUUUGAGCAAGUUUAAGUCAGCUAACUCCUUCAUCUCUACUCCUGUACAUGAGAAGGUAUUUAUAAACCUUUGUUUCUUUCAUUUUACUAUACAUUUUAUACAUAAAGCCCUGUCCUGGAGAUCUUUAAUCACUGUAAAAACCAUGUAAUACAGAUAAUGAGAUGAAACACAGUACUACAUCUCUUCAUAGUACCAUCUUUAGGUGUUAUGUGUGUUGCAUCAUUUCCAUCCAUACUCCACGCAUUUCUUCAAUAUGAAUCAAAUUUCUGAUCUGAUCUCAACCCUAGGCAAAAAACUGAGAAAGCACCAAUCAUAGGCCGCAUAUUUAUGAUGUCAUCAUGUAGACUUCUUACAAAGUAUUUUACAGUAUUUUAAAAAUACAAAACACUAAAGUAUUUUGAUACAAAAUAUUAAGCCAUUUUCAUUUACCUCAUAAAACACAAAUGACAAAAUACUAUAUUAUAUUUGAAAUACGUACAGUUGAAGUUGAUGAAUUAUUAGCCCCACUGUUUAUUUCUUCCCCCAAUUUCUGUUUAAAUGGAGAGAUUUUUUCAACACAUUUCUAAACAUAAUCAAGACAUUUUCAAGACACUUCUAUACAGCUUAAAGUGACAUUUAAAGGUUAACUAGGUUAAUUAGGUUAACUUAGGUUAGGCUAAUUAUGCAAGUUAUUACAUAAUGAUGGUUUGUUCUGUAGACUAUCGAAAAAAUAUAGCUUAAAGGGGCUAAUAAUUUUAACCUUAAAUGGUUUUUUAAAAAUGUAAAACUUCUUUUAUUCUAGUCGAAACGAAACAGUUUAUAAAACACUCAUAAAACAAAUAAGACUUUCUCCAGAAGAAAAAAUAUUAUCAGACAUACCGUGAAAAUUUCUUUGCUUCGUUAAACAUUUGGGAAAUAUUGUAAAAAAGAAAAAAAAUUCAAAGGGGGUUUAGUAAUUCUGAUUUCUACUGUAUUUGAAAUACUUCAUAAAUAAUGCCCAUCCCUGAAUAUGCAAACAUAAUAUCAACUGCAAAACAGCUUUUUUACUGACCAAAAAGGAAUUGUAAUAGACACUACAACUGGUAUGAUUACUCACCUCAGAAAAAGGUCCAGUUGUGGUUAAUCCAUUAAUAUAAAUGUGUUGCGUAUACUGUAUGUAAAAUAUAUACAAGGUAACUUGUUUUUUUGUCCAGAAAUGACUUGUCACUGAAUAAUCACCAUAUGGACAAUUAUGGAAUAAUAAUGUAGACUUUUUAUUUUUAUGUUUAUUUUACGAGAAAAUAUUUCAAAGAUAAAUAAAUAUUUAUUUUUGUACUUUUGGAUUUAUAAUAUAUAUUUCAUGUAGUGCUGAUUAUGGCCUGAGGCCCUUUGUUGUAUUUGUACUUAUUUCUA